GUUUAGUCCAGUUUAUUCCUUCCUUGACUGUUCAGAUGAACGAACGAGAAGAAACAUCAAAAGAACCAGAGUCAGUCAGGUAAGAAAAGGGGCCACCUGGGCACUUGAUUUUGAUUGUGAAGUGAAAUACACACAGACAGAAAAGUUCGUGUCUAAGAUUUAUGAAUAAAUUACGAACUCUCUAUGACCACCACCCACUGGGUACUUCUAAAGAAAGACUUUCUAGAAAUCCAAAGCCUUAUUAAAUGCAAAACUGGCCACUGCUCCUUUCCCCCUCUCCACCUGGUGUGAGAGCCGCAUGCCAGACCUUGGAGCUUCCGGAUUCAUGCAACCUAGGGGUCAAGGUCAGCGUUCCCCGCAAUAGCUGACCUCUUCUUCCACGCUGGGCUCUGCUCUCCGUAACAAAUUCCCCAGGGGCUGUUUCGCCCCUGACUUCGUAACCCACGUUAGUAAUUAGGGCGCAAGUGAGGAUUCGGGUGGCCCCUGGGUGACAGCCAGUAAGAUUCUUAGCCUUCCUGGUUCGGGAAAGGGAAAGAAUUCGGGAGGGGUAGGAUUUUUUUUUUUUUUCCCGGUAGGAUAGGUGGGGAAAAGACCGCUGCCUGUGUGUCCCUCUUUUGGACUAAGGUGUCUCUGUUGCUCCGUAAAUAAAACGUCUCACUGCCUUCUGCGAGCGCUAUAAAGGCGGCGGAACGGCUGUCCCGGGGGCAUUCCGGGCCGGACUUGAGCUGGAGCAGGUGAGAUCGUCGCUGAAGAUGCAGCGCACCCCACCCCGCCCUGGCUUAACUCCCAGGGAGGCAUCGCUGGUUGGGGAUGGGACUAGUGGGGGGGUGGGGGUGGAAUAGAGCCGCCGGGCAGGGGACAGUACAGCCUUCUUUCUGAGAAGCUGACUGCGAGAAGGAAGCUAGGAAAACAGGCCGAGGGGUGAGACCUGCUCCACCCGCCCAAAGUUCUGUCCCCGGGAGAGCGCGCCCGGCUGCAGGAAUUUGCCUGCAACGCGCGUGCAGCCUCGGGACCCGGGGAGCGUGGCCUGAGGGUUCCACUCCCGGCCCCGGGGGUUGUGCUUCUUUCCCAGGGCGCGCCUGGCGGUGCGCCCUGGGUCGGGUGCGGGGAGAGAGGGACUUUCACAUGGUCCCCCUUCCUGCCCCCUGCGCGCCGCGGGCCCCAGCCCGGGUUUGGGGAGAUUUCAGGACGCGGACAGCGCCCUGGCUGCCCAUCUGAGGGGACUGGGUCGGGCUCCCGCCGCCCGCCAGCGCCGGGCUCACCCUCCUAUUAGAGUCCGGUUGCGCCGGGCGGCAGGUGCAGGCUCGGGACCCAGAGGUCCUCAGGGCCCCCUGCAGGCUGGAGGUGUGCGCCCGGGGGUGGCAGGCCCGGGCGCAGAGGGCGGCAGCGCGCGGACCAGGAUCUCGGGGAUCGGCUGCAACAGGUGGGGCUGGCCGGGUGCGGCUGACGGGCGGUCUUCACCUCCUCUUCUCUUCCCUCGUUCCAUCUCCUCCCUCCUUGUUGUCCUCCGUCUCGCAGGUCAUGGCAGCGCCGGGCGGCAGGUUGGAGCCGCCGCCGCUCCCCGAGUACAGCUGCAGUUACGUGGUGUCGCGGCCGGUCUACAGCGAGCUCGCCUUCCAGCAGCAGUACGAGCGGCGCCUGCAGGAGCGCAAGACGCUGCGGGAGAGCCUGGCCAAGGGCUGCAGUUGUUCAAGAAAGAGAAUCCUUGGUGUGCUGAAGACUCUCCUGCCCAUCUUGGACUGGCUCCCCAAAUACCGGAUCAAGGAAUGGCUGCUUAGUGAUACCAUUUCGGGAGUCAGUACUGGGCUAGUGGGGACACUGCAAGGCAUGGCGUAUGCUCUGCUAGCUGCUGUUCCUGUUGGAUAUGGUCUCUACUCUGCUUUUUUUCCUAUCCUGACAUACUUUAUCUUCGGAACAUCAAGACACAUCUCAGUUGGACCUUUCCCAGUGGUCAGUUUAAUGGUGGGAUCUGUUGUUCUGAGCAUGGCCCCCGACGAACACUUUCUCGUGUCCAGCAGUAAUGGAACUACACUGAAUAUCACCAUGAUAGACUCUGCAGCUAGAGAUGCAGCAAGAGUAUUGAUUGCGAGCACCCUUACUCUUUUGGUUGGAAUCAUACAGUUGAUAUUUGGAGGUUUGCAGAUUGGAUUCAUAGUGAGGUACCUGGCGGAUCCUUUGGUUGGUGGAUUCACAACAGCUGCUGCCUUCCAAGUGUUGGUCUCACAGCUAAAGAUUGUCCUCAAUGUUUCAACCAAAAACUAUAAUGGAAUUCUCUCCAUUAUCUAUACUCUAAUUGAGAUUUUUCAAAAUAUUGGUAACACUAAUCUUGCUGAUUUCAUUGCUGGAUUACUCACCAUUACCAUCUGUAUGGCAGUUAAGGAAUUAAAUGAUCGAUUUAAACACAAAAUCCCAGUCCCUAUUCCUAUAGAAGUGAUUGUGACAAUAAUAGCUACUGCCAUUUCAUAUGGAGUUGACCUGGAAAAAAACUAUAACGCUGGCAUUGUUAAGUCCAUCCCAAGUGGGUUUUUGCCUCCGGCGAUUCCAUCUGUGAGUUUGUUUUCUGAGAUGUUGACUGCAUCAUUUUCCAUCUCUGUGGUCGCUUAUGCCAUUGCAGUGUCUGUAGGAAAAGUAUACGCCAUCAAGUAUGAUUACACCAUCGAUGGGAACCAGGAAUUCAUUGCCUUUGGGAUCAGCAACAUCUUCUCUGGAUUCUUCUCUUGUUUUGUGGCCACCACUGCCCUGUCCCGCACCGCCGUCCAGGAGAGCACGGGGGGAAAGACACAGGUGGCCGGCGUCAUCUCGGCUGGGAUUGUGAUGAUCGCCAUCGUUGCCCUGGGGAAGUUGCUGGAACCCUUGCAGAAGUCGGUCCUGGCAGCUGUUGUAAUCGCCAACCUGAAGGGGAUGUUUAUGCAGGUGUGUGACAUUCCUCAUCUGUGGAGGCAGAAUAAGACUGAUGCUGUUAUCUGGGUGUUUACGUGCGUAGCAUCCAUCUUUCUGGGGUUGGACCUCGGUUUACUAGCUGGCCUUAUAUUUGGAUUUCUGACUGUGGUCCUGAGAGUUCAAUUCCCCUCAUGGAGCAGCCUUGGAAGUAUCCCUAGCACAGACAUCUACAAAAGCACUCAGAAUUACAGAAACAUUGAAGAACCUGAAGGAGUGAAGAUUCUGAGAUUUUCUAGUCCUAUUUUUUACGGCAAUGUUGAUGGUUUAAAAAAAUGUAUCAAGUCCACAGUUGGAUUUGAUGCCAUUAGAGUGUAUAAUAAGAGGUUGAAAGCACUGAGGAAAAUACAGAAACUCAUCAAAAAAGGGCAAUUAAGAGCAACAAAGAAUGGCAUUAUAAGUGAUGCUGGUUCAUUGAAUAAUGCUUUUGAGCCUGAUGAGGACAUCGACAAUCCAGAAGAAUUUGAUAUUCCAACCAAGGAAAUAGAGAUUCAAGUGGAUUGGAACGCUGAGCUUCCAGUCAAAGUGAAUGUUCCUAAAGUGCCGAUCCAUAGCCUCGUGCUUGACUGUGGAGCUGUCUCUUUCCUGGAUGUUGUUGGAGUGAGAUCAUUGCGUGUGAUUGUCAAAGAAUUCCAAAGAAUUGAUGUAAAUGUGUACUUUGCAUCACUUCAAGAUCAUGUGAUAGAAAAGCUGGAGAAAUGUGGUUUCUUUAAUGAUAACAUCAGAAAGGACAUAUUCUUUUUGACUGUCCACGAUGCUGUCCUCCAUCUCCAGAACCAGGUGAAAUCCCAAGAGGUUCAAGAUUCCAUUUUAGAAACGAUCACCCUCAUCCAAGACUGUAAAGAUCCUCUUGAAUUAAUGGAAGCAGAGCUGAUUGAAGAAGAACUUGAUGUCCAAGAUGAGGCUAUGCGAAGACUUGCUUCCUGAAAUUGGGCUCAGGAGAUGGCUCUAAGCAAGGACUGCAAGGCAAAUUUUACCCACCACGUAAUUCUAUGCAAAUAUUUUCUGCAUUGACUAUUUUCUUCAAACUUGAAACACUCAUUCUUUUCCAUUAUACUUUUAAAAAUCUUUGAUUUUUUUUAAACCUCUUGACCACUGAAAGAAAAGCACUAAGAUUGUUUCUAGGCUUUAUUUAUAAAAUGAGUAGCUUACUUCUAAAAUGUGCAAAAUGAUGAAGAAAAAUAUUUAGCGAUGUCCAGGAUCUGAGGAUAUUAUGCUGCUGUUCCCCACGACAGAUCUGCUGACAGUGUUCAUGUGGGUACACAUGUGCCUCUGUGCGGCUGGGACAAGUGUCACCCAACCCAGCCUCUGUGGGCGGGCAGGUGAGGCAGGAAUGAUUAUCCUAUAGAAAAAUCUAUUUCUGACUGACCUCGAUACCCAUGAACUAAACUGAUCACAGUGAGUAAAGGUUGAAAUAUAAUUAUUAAUGUACUUACCAAUAAAUGCCUUUAAAAACUCCCUUUGGUAAAUGCAUCAAAAAAAGUGUUUUAAAAAUGCAAAUUUGGUCAGUACUUAGUAAUGUAGAAUUACUAUAUGUGACCAGAUAUGUAACCAGAAUUCAGAAUAAAGGAAAUGGUUCACUUAAAAGCUAUAGAAUUGAGCUGAUACAUUUUAGAGACACUGACUCAGAGAAGUGAAGUGAUGAGAUUACUGUGGUUUAUAGAAAUCACUUUUUGAUAUAAUAAUCAAGGAUCACAAAUAAGAUCUAGUAAAACAGAUGGCACUAUCUUCAGUUGAAAAAUGCAGUUUUAAUUUAUCUUAGUUUAUAGAGAUGGUCAUUGUGUAGAGUAUAUUCAAGUAUGGUCUAUUUAAAAUCUAACAUAAAAUUUGUGGUAUUUUGUACAAAAAUCAAUUUUGAUAUGUUUAUAAGACCAUGGUGAUUGAAACAAGUUUAUGUUUUUCUUUAAAAAUUUAGCAUUAUGUGAAGUGAUCUUUAACUGAAUUAUAAAUGCCUUCCAAAAAUCAUCUAAAAAGUGAACUGCUUAUAUAUAUAUGUAUAUAUAUACACAUGUAUAUAUAUACAUAUAUAUACUGAUUGAGACAAAACAUCCUAAAUGAACUCGAUAUCAAAGGAAAAGUUGGUUUGGAAUACACACAUUGAAAAUAUAUGUUUUUAAAAAUCCAUAUGUUAAGCCCCCAAAUAUUUUUUACUUAACCUUUUCUGAGUGCCAACAAUUUUCUGGGCAUUGUAUAUAAUAUUUAGGCUUUGGUCCCGUGGACUAGUCCCAUGUAUUUCACACUGCAGUGAAUGAAGUUGUACUUCUAGAGAAAAAUACUCAGGUCCCCAAUUGAGGCAAUGUCUUAAGUUGACAGAGAACGAUAUUGUACCUUUGGCACAGAUGUGUGAAAUUCCCAAAUGUGUUUGGCUGUCUAAAGGCAGCACAUCUUAUCUCUGUUUUUCUUCUUAAAUACUAUCAGAAAUAAAGUCUCUAUCUACUUCUGCAGGAAUAUCAUUAGUGAUCAUAUCAAAUUGGUUGACUAAAAGCAUUAUUUUCCUCCCUCUACCCCCAUACUACAUAUCAGAAUUUCAGUGAGUUGCAGUGGAUUGUGAUGUUAUAAUAGUCUCUUAUGCUCAUGGGUUAUACUGUCUUUAAUAGAUGUGGAACAGAUUUCUCCCCAUGUUGGGUACAGAAUAACCAGGAUUAUAAUGUUAUCUCAUUUUUACAGUAAUACCUGCCUAUGAUGGCAACAAAUCAUAUCUCUAAAGAGUGAAUAUAAUAGUCUUGCAGAAAAUGGAUGAAUACCUCUGUUCAAUAGAGGAAAUACGCACUGCUCUUUUUUUCUUUUUUUUUUUUUUUUUAGUUGAAGGAAAUAUCAAAGUUACAUUUUAAAGGCUAGAGUUUUGUAAAAUCUUGGGUCCAUUUGUGGCUGUAGAAGACCACAGUCUUUGACUUGUUUCCCAAGCACACUCUAGUAAUACUGUUUCUUUCAUGCGUUUUGUGAAUAGUAAACAGACUUUUAAUUCUAUAUUGUCAAUGGAAAUUUUACUUGAAAUUAAAGCUUUUGUUAUGUUUUUAACCUUGAGGAUAAGAUUCCACUAUUGUAUAUGAAAAGUGAAAAAAAAAAGUCAAAUCAUGUACACUUGGAAAUAUUUGCACAUAUUUUUUAUGAAAAGUAAUGUUACCUUUUAAGCUACUCUGAUGUGUCCCUUCCGAACAAACUAUUAAAUAUAAUAAAAAAGGCUAAAUUUAAGUGUUCCAGUACUUUUUUUAAAAUUGGGGUAUAGUUGAUUUACAGUAUUAUAUUAGUUUCAGGUAUAUCAUAUAGUGAUUCAAAAUUUUUAUAGAUUUUACUCCUUUUAAAGUUAUUAUAAAAUAUUGGUUAUAUUCCCUGUGCUGUACAAUAUAUCCGUGUAGCUUACUUAUUUUACUUUAUUUAUUACUUUUUAAAAUAAUGAUACCUUUCUUUCUUAUUUAUUUAUUUUUGGCUGCGUUGGGUCUUUGUUGCUGCGCACAGGCUUUCUCUAGUUGCGGCCAGCGGGGGCUACUCUUCGGUGUGGUAUGCAUGCUUCUCAUUGCUGUGUCUUCUCUUGUUGUGGAGCACGGGCUCUAGGCAUGUGGGCUUCAGUAGUUGUGGCGCGUGGGCUCAGCAUUUGUGGCUCGUGGGCUCUAAAGCGCAGGCCCAGUAGUUGUGGCACACGGGCUUAGUUGCUCUGCAGCAUUUGGGAUCUUCCCGGACCAGGGCUCGAACCUGUGUCCCCUGCAUUGGCAGGAGGAUUCUUGACCACUGCGCCAUCAGGGAAGUCUGCUUAUCUAUUUUAUACAUAGUAGUUUGUACCUCUUAUAUCCCUGCCCCUAUCUUGCCCCUACCCCCUACCCCUUCCCUACUGGUAACCACUAGUUUGUUCUCUGUUAUCUGUGAGUCUGUUUCUGUUUUGUUAUAUUUGUUUUAUUUUUUACAUUCCACAUACAAGUGAUAGCAUACAGUUUUUGUCCUUCUCUGACUUAUUUCACUAAGCAUAAUACCCACCAGGUCCAUCCAUGUUGUUGCAAAUGGCAAAAUGUCAUUCUUCUCUAUGGCUGAGUAGUACUCCAUUUUAUAUACAUAUAUAUAUUAUAUAUAUGUGUGUGUGUAUGUGUGUGUGUAUACCCACAUACCACAUCUUCUUUAUCCAUUCACCUGUUGAUGGACAGUUAGGUUGCUUCCACAUCUUGGCUAUUAUAAAUAAUGCUGUUCUGAACACUGGGGUGCAUGUUAUCUUUUCAAAUUAGUGUUUUCACUUUCUUGGGAUAUAUAUUCAGCAGUGCAAUUGCUGGAUCAUAUGGUAGUUCCAAUUUUAGUUUUUUGAGUAUCCUCCAUAAUGCUUUCCACAGUGGCUGCACCAAUUUGCAUUCCCACCAAUAGUGUACGAGGGUUCUCUUUUCUCCACAUCUUCACCAACACUUGUUAUUUGUGGUCUUUUUGAUGAUAGCCAUUCUGACAGGUGUGAGGUGAUAUCUCAUUGUGGUUCUGAUUUGCAGUUCUCUGAUGACCUAACGAUAUUGAGCAUCUUUCCAUGUGCCUGCUGGCCAUCUGUAUGUCUUCUUUAGAAAAAUGUCU